CUACAAGGGAGUGGUGUGACAGAAGUGCCGCCCAUGGUGGUGCCCAGGGCGUGCAGUGAGGGAGAGUGGACGAGAGGAGUGAUGGUGGAGAGGAAUCAGACGGCGGUGACAGGCAGCGCUGGGGUGACAGGGUGCCUCAGCCCACAGUGCCACAGUGCCACACUCACCACACCCAUGAAGGACCAAGCAGGACUCAGUACUUUUUUUAUCAAGGGAAGGUGUGACUCCACCACCAUGGCACUGUCGGCCGAGUUUGUCAAUCUGGUGGAGCAGGAGAUUCCUGAGGGGCGACAGUCCCUCUCAGACUCUCAUGCCAACUUGGAGAAGGUGGCCGCCUACUGCAUUGAAAACUUUGCCAGGGCUGAGAACAAGGGUGGAGCACUGGAAGAAACCAAGAACUACACCACACAGAGCCUGGCCAGCGUUGCAUAUCAAAUCAACACUCUCGCCUAUAACUUCCUGCAGAUGGUGGAGCAGCAGGCCAACCAGCUGGCUGAGAUGGAGAGCCAGGUUAACUACAUAUCACAGAUGGUGAUGGUGCACAAAGAGAAAGUGGCCCGCCGUGAGAUAGGCGUCCUUACCACCAACAAGACAACAGCCCGCCAGUACAAGAUAGUGGCCCCUCCAACUGAGAAGCCCAUUAAGUACGUCCGCAAACCCAUCGACUUUACCGCCCUAGACGACAUCGGCCAUGGCUUGCGUUCCUCCUCUGCCUCCACACCUCGUUCUCGCCGGUCCGCCAGUAGUGUGGGUGUGCCGCCCCCACCUGCCCACCAGCAGCCACCCACCUCAGCAGGCCCUGCCCCAACCACCAAGCCCCCCACACCACCACAGGCCAACCGCUCGGUCUCCUCUCUCUCCCGUGGUUCCAGGGAAUACCGCACUCCACCUGCCGUUGCUCCACCUCAGGUACCAAGCAACUACGCACCAAACUACCCCAUCGGUCACCCACGCCGUGGUGAGCGAUCCAGCGGCUACAGCACCCUCCCCCAUCAGUCAGCGGCUCAUGUGGCUCCUAUGGCUCACAAUGGUGCAGGAGGUGGAGGAGGAGGAGUGGGAGGAGGCGGCAUGGUAGCACCACCACCCCAAGUAGGUAUGGUUCACCCGAUGGCUCAUGCUCCGGGAGUGAAUCAGGGAGGCUCGUAUGGGCCACCUCCGCCACCACCACACAUGCAGGAACCUCCCCAGUAUGCAGCACACCAGAUCAACAUGCCACGAUACCCCACAGUCAUCAGGCCCGCCAUGACUCUGCCCAAGAAUCUCACCAACAAGGCUCUUGCCAACAAAGUGUCAGAGCCAGCCUUAGCGCCUCCUUCACCUGCAUCUUCUGGGCCAGUGAGCGAGCCGGACUACACCAGCCGCUCCUCAGGGGCCUCCAGUCCUCCUUUGCCUCCACCACCACCCUCAGAAGUGGAAGCUCCACCUGCCGUGCCCCCUCACUUCAUGGAGAAAGUGGUGGAUGAUGGACCUAGGCGCCUGGGGCCACAGCCGCCUGCCGUUCCACCUCAUUAUAUUGAGAAAGUUAUUGCUGUUUAUGAUUACACAGCAGACAAGGAUGAUGAGCUGACCUUUAGUGAAAAUGCUGUUAUUUAUGUCCUCAAGAAGAAUGACGAUGGCUGGUGGGAAGGAGUCAUGGAUGGAAUGACGGGCCUUUUCCCUGGAAACUAUGUCGAACCCCUUAUGUAAUACUAGUAUGUCUUUCCUUCAUUCUCUCUCUCUCUCUCUCUCUCUCUCUCUCUCUCUCUCUCUCUCUCUCUCUCUCUCUCUCUCUCUCUCUCUCUCUCACAUCAUAGUCCUCAUUCAGUAUCUCUUUUUAGGAAAUAAGAUGCAUGUAUCAUUACCUUUCAUAAAUUGUGCAAAAUAUUUAAAGCUAAAAAUUUGUUAGAUGAUCACUACACAGAGCCCCAAUCAUUUUAUCCUGUGUCACCUUGCAGUCUCCUCAGAGAGCUACACUGCAUGUCUUGUCUGCCAGCGGCUUGCAGUGGUACUCAAGCUAAAAGAACUUGCAUGACACCAGUCCUGUCUUAAUUUUAGGAUACAAUUCAUGAUGUUUUUAAUUUCUUUAGUGUUCAUCUUGGCACUCCCUCAGUUAAUAGUGUGCUAAAGCAAUACUUGGCACAGCUUGGAUGUGGAGUGGAGUGAAGGUUAGGUGUCACUCAGACGAUGCCACAGAAUCACACAGUAAUGGAGUUAAGGCAAUCCAUUGAAUAUCAUGCAUUUCUUACAACGUUAUGUGAAUGAUUUAAUUACAUCACCUUGUUCCUAAUAUACCAAGGAAAUUGUUUGUAAGUUGAGCCACUGCACACUGUAUGCUUGACUAAUAAUGUUUUCUAGUUAUAAGUAUAUAUAUCAAAGUGAUGUUUUGUACAUGAACAAAAAUAUUGUAAACAAAACUAAUGGGCCAGACAAAUUUUCCAUCAAUUUUUCUUUUAUUCAUUUAUUUAUGUCUAACAUGAGGCUGAUAGAAUCAUUGCCUGUGUUGUGUAACAAAUCUUUAACAAGUGACAUGGUUUUGUUGGAGUGGAAAUGUGCCAGUGUGACACCAAUUUUGAUGAGAGACAAGUCCCAGACACUUUGCCCAUGAGACCAUGGUGUGGUCACAUGGACUCAAGUCACUGUGCACUUUGCUUGCCACUCCCAUGGCUGGCUGGUGGCUGCUGGUGAUCUGUUGAGACCUCCAGGUGACAAGGAUCCUUAAUAAACAAUAUGUAGUGGUUUCCCAUCCAUUGCAUGCAUUCUCCCCACCAACAACCAACCCCCCUUUACUGGGUCUGAAGAACUUUCCCAAAUAGACUUAGUUUUCAUGUAAGAAAAUGACAAUUCAAUUUAUAAUUUUUUUUGUGUAGGCAAUAGAGCAUCAUGUUGUAUAUAUUCACACAUAUCUUGACUCAUUGAAAGUUACUUCAGCUUACACAGUGGUAUUCAGUGGGAAGAUUGCCCUUCAUUGAGUUUUUUAUACAGGAUUUUAAGGAGUAAGACUUUAACAGUCAAGGCACUGAUAGAAUGAUUACUUCAAACUAGUGUUCAUUGAGUGUUGAACCAAGGUGUCCAAGUUUGCUUUUAUGUAGUGAUUUCCUUCAUGACCAAUGGUUACUGAUCUUGUCAGCUUCACAAAACACCUACAUUUACAUGUACAGUACCACAAUGUCUUGAUCACCUUUAGGACACCACUGAAAGAAAAAUUACAUAUUGGCAUUUUUUAUAUAAGGAAAUGCAUCAAGUGUUCCACAUUUUUUAUUUUUUUAUUCAAAAUGUCUGUACUCUUCCAUUCAAUUUUUCUUUGUAAGUUUUCAUUCAUUAUGAAUGGUUGAGACAAAAAAGAAAGAAAAAAUUAGAAUUAAGUAUUUGCUCAUGUAUAUGUAUUGAAAGAAAAGACUGUCCUACUGAU